AUGGAUGUGCUUUACUCCUCUGCAGAAAGACAUGGGCAGGAUGUGGUCAAUGACACCAGCUGGGCAGAGGAAAGCAACUCCAAGCUGUCCUUCCCUGUGCUGGCAGCUGCCUUACUCCUCCUCCUCAUCCUCUCCACCCUCCUGGGCAACACCCUGGUGUGUGUGGCCGUGGUCAAGUUCCGACACCUGCGCUCCAAGGUCACCAAUCUCUUCGUUAUCUCCUUGGCAGUGUCUGACCUGCUGGUGGCUGUGCUGGUGAUGCCCUGGAAAGCUGUCAGUGAGGUUCUGGGCUUCUGGCCCUUUGGGGCUUCUUUCUGUGACCUUUGGGUGGCCUUUGACAUCAUGUGCUGCACAGCCUCCAUCCUCAACCUGUGCAUCAUCAGUGUGGAUCGUUAUUGGGCCAUUUCCAACCCCUUCUGCUACCAGAGGAGGGUGACACCAUGUGUGGCCUUCAGCAUGAUGGGAGUGGCUUGGCUGCUGUCCCUCUUGAUCUCCUUCAUCCCUGUGCAGCUCAAGUGGCACAAGGACCAUGAGCUCCUUAGCCAACAAGAGCCAGGUUUUAAUGCCUCCAUGGAGGAGGAGAGCUGUGAUUCCAGCCUCAACAGGACUUAUGCCAUCUCCUCCUCUCUCAUCAGCUUCUACAUCCCCGUGGCCAUCAUGCUGGUGACCUACAGCCUCAUCUUCCGCAUCGCCCGGCGGCAGAUCCGCAGGAUCUCCUCCUUGGAGAGGGUGGUGGGACAUGCCCCAAACUGCCACAGCCCUCACGAAGCCUCCCUGAAGAACUCUUUCAAGAAGGAGACUAAAGUCCUCAAGACCCUCUCCAUCAUCAUGGGUGUCUUUGUCUUCUGCUGGUUGCCCUUUUUCGUGCUCAACUGCGUCGUGCCCUUCUGCAGCGCUGACCUCCGCGGGCCAGGAGAGCUGCCCUGUGUCAGUGAGACUGUCUUCAACACUUUUGUCUGGUUUGGUUGGGCCAACUCUUCCCUCAAUCCCAUCAUCUAUGCCUUCAACGCAGAUUUUCGGAGAGCCUUUGCCACCAUCCUGGGCUGUGGCUGUCCCAGCAAUGCAGUGGAGACAGUGACCUUCAGCAAUGAGUUGGUCUCCUACCACCAGGACUCCACACACCAGUUCCAGAAGGAACUGGUGACCCUCAGCUACCCACAGCUUCUCCCCCAUGCUGUUCUGCAGAUGGAGAACAACGAGGUGUCCUCAGACAAGGUGUCUCAGGUCUCCUCUCCCUCUCCCAACCCCUUGCCUGCAGCAGUGCCCAUGGAGUGUGAUGCUGCCAUCUCCCUGGUGAAGAUUACACCUUUCACCAGCAGCACCUGCAACUGA